AUGGCUUCUCUCAAUCGGCCGCGCGAGCCCGAGCCCGCCGCCGUGCUCUCGUCGUCGCCCGCCUUUGCCACGCCCGUCGCGCCCACCCGCCCGCUGCGCACCGCGCCCAUCGCCGCGCCCGCCGCUCUCAAGCCCACCGUGCUGCCCGUCCUGCUGCCGCCCGCGACUCUGCGCCCGCUCGCCUUUCGCGUCUUCACCAAGAAACACAACCUCACGCUGGGCUCGUCGGCCCUCGCUGCCCUCGCUACUUUCGUGGGACGCCACUGCGGCUCCGGAUGGCGCGAGCAGGGCCUCGCCGAGCGCGUGCUCGAGGAGGUUGCAAGAGCAUGGAAAAAGGGCGGCGGGCAGGUCAUUGUCGACGCCGAGGGCCCGCUGCUCAAGAGCAUCCUCAAGACGCUCGAGGGCUGCAUGAGCGGCGGCCGCGUCGUCCAGGCCAAGCAGCCCCCCGCCCUGGGCCGCGAUGCGAGCUUCAAGUUUGGCCAGCCGGAGAAGCAGGACAGCUUUGGCAUGAGCGAGCUGAACGUGGCCGACGACGACGACGACGACGACGACCAAGACUUCAAGGGCAGUCGAGACCCGCGCGACUGGAUCAAGGUCGUCAGCGCCUUUGAGCAGCCCAAGAUGGUCUACAAUGUCACCAAGAAGCACUUUGACCGGUCGACGGCCCGGCCCUCGCUGUUCCCGCCGCCCUCGCACAAGACGGACCUCUUCCGCCAGCGCUACCACAUCAUCCACCAACGCCUCCUGCGCAACGACGCCUUCCAGACGCCCUCGUUCGCGGGCAACCGCUCCUCGUCGCUCCACCGCACCGCCUCCAUCUCCACCACCUCGACCAACAAAAUCACCCCCGUGGCCAACCUGCUCGGCCGCAGCGGCUCCGACCACCUGCUGCUGGGCCUGCUGGCCGUCUCCCCGACCGGCACCCUCGUCCUCUCCGACCUCAGCGGCAGCAUCUCCCUCGACCUGUCCCACGCCCGCCCCAUCCCCGAGGACGGCGCCUGGUUCGCCCCCGGCAUGAUCGUCCUCGUCGACGGCACCUACGAGGAGGACUACAGCAACCCACAGGCGGGCUCGGCCGGCGCGCUAGGCGCCACAGGCGGCAUCGGCGGCACCAUCGGCGGCAAGUUUAUUGGGUUCAGCGUCGGGCAUCCGCCGCCGGAGCGCCGCUCCCACACGCUCGGCACGCCGGACGCUGCAGCGAGCAGUACGUCGGAUGCGGGCGCCUCUAUGGGCCCCGCCUUCGGCUGGACCGACUUCCUAGGCUUGGGCUCCGAGCGCGCCACCGGCGCCCGCAUGCGCCGCAUCGAGAGCCGCCUGCUAGGCCCGGACGCGCCCGCCCACAAGCAGACCAAGAUCGCCAUCGCGGCCGACGUAUGCCUCGACAACCCAGCGACAUUCAGCGCGCUGCGCGCCCUGCUCGGCACGUACGACGCGCUGCCGCCAGACGAGUACCCGCUCGCGGUGGUGCUGAUGGGCAAUUUCGUGGCCAAUGCCGCCAUGGCGGGCGUGCCGGGCCAGGGCAGCAUCGAGUACAAGGAGCACUUCAACGCGCUGGCAGCGGUGCUGGGCGAGUUUCCGCGGCUGGUGGCGCGCACGACGCUGGUGUUUGUGCCGGGCGACAAUGACGGCUGGGCGUCGGCGGCGGCGGCGGGGGCGGCCGCGCCGUUGCCGCGCUUGCCCGUGCCGGAUAUGUUUACUUCGCGGGUGAGGCGCGUGGUUGCGGACGCGAAUAGGGAUUUUGGCGGUAGUGGUGGUGCUGCUGCUGUGGGAGGGGGGCCGGGGCGCAGGCGCGAGGGCGAGGCCAUCUGGACUAGCAAUCCGGCUCGCUUGACGUGGUUCGGCGUCUUGGGCGAGAUGGUGCUGUUCCGGGACGACGUGACGGGGCGGCUGCGGCGGACGGGGAUACGCAACAGCCGCGAAGCGACCGUCGCGUCCGUCAUGCCGUCGUCGCCGCCGCCUCCUCCUCCGUCCAUGGACAUGGACACCACCACGACCACGCCCGCACCCCCUCCCGCCGCCCAACCAGCAGCAGACCCACACACGCACACUGCGCGCGCCCUCACCCGCACCCUCCUCGACCAAUCGCACCUCUCGCCCUUCGCGCUCCCGACGCGCCCAGUGCACUGGGACCACGCGCACGCGCUGGGGCUGUAUCCGCUGCCUUCUGCGGUCGUGGUCGCGGACACUGGCGCCCCGGCUUUUGCGCUCAGGUAUGCGGGCGUGGCGGUGUUGAAUCCGGGUGGGUUGAGUGUGGGGAGGGGUGGAGGGGGUGGGGGUGCUGGGGGGAAAGGGGGAAGGGCCAGGUGGGUCGAGUAUUGUGUUAGGGGGGGUGGAGGGGCGGUUAGGGAGGCGUGA